AUGGGAAGAUCAAGGCGUUCCAAAUCAACAGAAAAAGAGGAAGAAGACAAUUCGAUGGAACCAAACGACGGAGACGCCGUUGUCUCAUUAUCCAAAUCCAGAAAAUCUACCUUUCGAGAUCGAUGGAGAAAGAUCAGUGGUGGUGGCAGCAAUGGAAACGAAUGGAUGAAUGGUUGUGGCGGCGCAACACCAAAUACGGACGAUUCGGAUGAACUUGGAGAGAUUAUUGGUCCUCCGGUAUUGACCAUUGAAGUGGACCCCACCAAAGAGAUUGAUCUUAACCUUCGGGUUCGUCAAAAGACGCAAUCCCAAAUGUCACAAGAGUUUGCUUCGGCCGCACGUGAGGCUGUAAAAUUGCAAAUGAAAGAAUUGCGAACGGAAGACGAAGAGAAUGAUGAAUGUGUGGGAAAUGCAUGUCAACAAGAACGAGUAGCUGAUGCUGAUGCUGAUGCUUCUGAUCCUGUGGAUGGUUCCAAUGGCAGUAGUCGUGAUAGUGGUGAAAUGAAAGAUGCCUUCUUGGAAGUUAGCGAACGAUCCCAGCGCUCGCUGCCACCACCCUAUAUGAAUCCAACCAUUUUGCUGGAAUCCUUCGGUACGGCAAAGGUGCAAGAAAUUCGAUUGCACAAAUCCGGAGAUCCCACACUGGGAGAAAAAGUACAAGCUAGGGAUUUGGUCUUUCGACAUAGUGGCACUAGUGGAUGUCUUGUAUUUGUCAUUCGUCGACCAGGCUGCUUAUUGUGUCGCGAACAAGCCCUCUAUCUCAAAUUUCUAUUCCAAAACUAUCCGGACGAGACCAAAGGUUUUACGAUUGUCGGUGUGGUCAAGGAAUUCUGUGACAAGAGUGGUGGUGAAAAGCUUCAAGCAUUUCACGACAAGUACUUUCCCUUUCCUCUGUAUUUGGAUAUUGACAAGGCUGCCUACAAGGCUCUGGGCAACCGCAGGGCGGGUUUGGGGGCUGCCUUGAAAAUACUGAAUCCAUUUUCGGAUACCUCCAAGCGAUUGAAACGAAAUCAAAUUCAGGGAAACUUGAUGGGCGAAGGAUUUUUGCAAGGCGGAAUCAUCAUUUAUCACAAACAUGGGAUUGCGGCCUACAAAUACGAAGAGGAGACGGGUCUUGAAUUGCCCGUGGCUGAUAUCGUGAAGGGACUUCGAAGUGUCCGACGAGAUGAUUUUUCGUCACCAACACUGUCAGCAGAACAAGACGAAGAAGAAGGCAGCAGUCGAAGUACUGGCAUGCCCGAAUCGAGAAAAAGUGAGGGUGAUAAGAAUCAUACUUCUCAUCGACAUCACCAGGCUUUGGACAUGUCCAUUCGAACCGUGGGAUAA